CUUGCAAUAUUACCAUUGCGAGUCACGGUCGCAGUGGUCUAAAAACGUUGUAAAAGUUGCAAGUCGUCUGAAAACGCUAUAAUUUGUAAAGUUUUAAUGUAGCUUCGGGAGGCUACAAAGUGUUAUUAAAAGCGGUUUAUCUAGUAUAAUUGUCGCAGGUUGAAACGUCGUCGAAGAAUUGCAUUUGUAUACAGCAGUCAGUGUGCAGGUGUUGUUGUCUCAUUCGGGCGUAACAUCGAGUUGGGUUGCAGUGCGAGCGAAACAACAACAAACAAGUUACAAGCUUUAUACGCUUUACAAGGUUAGUUGACUGCUUGCACCUGUCAAUUGACCCAAUCUAAUCAUUUUCCGUGGGUGCUUGUAAACAGACGCAAUUCCUUCAUCAGUAAAUGCAAAACUGGAGUUGUUAGACUCCAGCAGCAACGACGACACCAUUCAGUCCACCAACUUGAAUAGAAAAUUAAUCAAAAUUAAAAAAUUUAAGCUGGACGAUAUGAAGGAAAUGGUGGGCGGCUGUUGCGUUUGUUCGGACGAGCGGGGGUGGCCGGAGAACCCGCUCGUCUACUGUGACGGCCAAAACUGUACCGUUGCCGUGCAUCAGGCAUGCUAUGGCAUCGUUACCGUGCCCACUGGACCCUGGUAUUGUCGGAAAUGCGAGUCCCAGGAGCGCACCUCGCGUGUACGCUGCGAGAUAUGCCCCUCACGAGAUGGCGCCCUCAAGAAGACAGACACCAGCGGCUGGGCCCAUGUUGUGUGCGCCCUGUACAUACCCGAGAUUCGGUUUGGCAACGUGACCACCAUGGAGCCCAUUAUACUGACUUUAAUACCGCAAGAACGCUACUCCAAGACCUGCUACAUUUGCUUGGAAAUCGGGAAGCCAAAUCGUGCCAAUGUCGGUGCCUGCAUGCAGUGCAAUAAGGCCAAUUGCAAGCAGCAGUUCCAUGUGACCUGCGCCCAAAGCUUGGGCCUGCUCUGCGAGGAGGCUGGCAACUAUCUGGAUAAUGUUAAGUACUGCGGCUACUGCCAGCAUCACUACAGUAAAUUGAAAAAGGGCGGAAACGUCAAAACUAUACCACCCUACAAACCCGUACAACAUGACACCUCCUCCGAUUCGUGCUCGUCGCCCGAGAAGGAAAUCGAUUCAACCAUGAACUCGGCCUCCACCUCAGCGACUAGCAUCAAAAUAACCAGCAGCACAUUGGCCGCCAGCUCCACAAGCCUGUCAAGCAGUGGCAGCAAUGUCUCAUCCUCAUCCAAGCAGCGCAAAUCAAAUGCCUCCGGUAAAUCAUCGAUGUCAUCGGGCAAUAGCUCCGCAGCAGCAACGGGCCUACCAAAUUCCUCAAGCACCUCCAAUGCUGGCGUUGCGGCAACUCCUUCAACUGCAAGCAGUUUUCUAUCCGGCAGUAGCAGCAGCAACUCCGCUAGCAAUAACAAUAAUGCCAUAAGCAACAGCUUAACGGGCGCUGUCGGCGGCAACGUUGCGGUCACACAUACCUCAAACCCUAGCGGUGGCAGUGCCAGCGGCAGUGGUAAUUCCAUCACAGGCAACACGAUACCUGGAGCCGGCAGCGGCAGCGGCAACAGUGCAAUAGCGCCCAGCAAUUCAAGUACUAAAUCAUCAGCCACCAGCUCGAGCAGCAGCUAUAAAGAUAAGCAUAGUAAAAGCUUGGGCAAACAGUCAGGCUCAGGUUCCAGCAAGGACAGCAAGGAAAAGGAUGGCGGUAGCAAUUCAUCAAACAACAGUUUUACACACUCAUCAGCCUCGUCAUCGUCCUCCUCCUCAUCGUCGUCGCGCGAGAAGUCCUCAAAGUCAUCGAAAAGCAAGGAUAUCGCGAAGGAAGCCACUGUCGUAGCCGCCAGCAGCAGCAGCAGUAUUGCCACAAGCAGCAGCAACAUGCCCAGUGCCAGCAGCAUAACGGCCAGCAGCAGUUCCAGCUCGGCAGCACAUGUAUCUAGUAGCGGCGUGACUGCCGCCUCGAUAAGUGAGCAUAGUAAUCAUGCCCAGAACCUGAGCACGUCUGGCUUGCCCAGUUCAGGCGCCGGUGUUACGGGCAAACUGCAAUUGGCCACCAAUUUGGGCGGCGGCUUCGGAGCCGAGCUGCAAGCCACAAGCAGCAGCAGCAGCAACAGCAAUGCCAAUGCAAAGGAAGCGUCUGCCUCCAUGACUGGCAACAGCAAUGCAGGCAAAUUGGAGGGUUUGUCGGGCGCUGGUACGUCCGCAAACAGCGUGCCCAAUCCACUUGGACUCGGUGGCAUCAGCUCCAAUUUGAGCAGCAGCAGCAGCAAGACAGUUCCAUCAUCAUCGAUUGCCACAGCAACAUCCACAACAACGACCGGUCACAGUCAGCCGUCGACAGCAAGCAGCUCCUCGGCGUCCAAAAAGCGCAAGGUGGACGCUGCCAAAUCGAUCACCAGCAUCAACCUGGACGAUCACAACAGCUCAUUUCGGAAUAUUAUCAAGGAUGUGCACGUGACGCUGACGCCUCUGACGGACUUUGAGAAGGAAAUCGAGAAGAGCUCCAAGCGGCAACGCACACAGUCAUAUUUCCAUCCCACUCUCUGGCGAGAUAUUAGAUGAAAAUUGUUCCGCAUCUAAAGUUUCUCAAAUCAACUCAAAAACAAACCCAAAAAAAAAAAAAAAAAA